AUGGGUGCACAACUGUCUUUACUAGCACAAACAGCUCCCUCCAUUGCCAUCUUCUCAUACAUCGAUGUCCUAGAUGAAGUACAUUACGUAUCACAAUUAAAUUCAUCAAGGUUCUUGAAGACUUGUAAAGCAUUAGACCCCAACGGUGAAAUAAUAAUUAAAGUAUUUAUUAAACCGAAAGAAGAUUACAAUUUGAAACCAAUUCUUUCUCGAAUUGAAACAGAAUCACAAUUGUUAAGUCCAUUACCAAAUGUAUUAAACUAUAGUAAAAUUAUUGAAUCAAAUAGAGCAGCUUAUAUGAUACGACAACAUUUAAAAUUUAACUUAUAUGAUAGAUUAUCUUCAAGACCAUAUUUACAGAGUUUGGAAUUGAAAUUCAUCGCUUUCCAACUUUUACAAACAAUUAAUGAAAUUCAUAAUUUAGGAAUAUGUCAUGGUGAUAUAAAGACUGAAAAUAUACUAGUACUGAGUUGGAAUUGGAUAUUGUUGACCGAUUUCGCUGCACAUUUGAAACCUAUAUAUCUCCCAGAAGAUAACCCAGGUGAAUUCUCUUUCUAUUUCGAUACUUCAAAGAGAAGAUCAUGUUAUUUGGCUCCAGAAAGAUUCGAUAAUUCCAAAUUAUUCAAUGAUACUACUAACGAGGACACUUCAUCUGAUCACAAACUCACCAUGGAAAUGGAUAUUUUUAGCACCGGUUGUUGUAUUGCAGAAUUGUUUACAGAGGGAAGGCCCAUAUUCAAUUUAUCUCAAUUAUUUAAAUAUAAAGCAAACGAAUUCAAUGUAGAAAACUAUUUAAAGGAACAACUACCAAAUGAUGAACCAUUGAGAAGUUUAAUUCUAGAUAUGAUUAAACUGAAUCCUUCUAAGCGACUAUCGUGUCAUGAAAUUUUACAAAAAUAUAGAAAAAUCGUUUUCCCUGACUACUUUUAUACUUUCACUUAUGACUAUAUUCGUUCCCUAGCAAUAUUGGGGACAAAUAUUCCAAGUAUGGGGAAUAUUUGUACUCAUACUUGCUUGAAUGAUGAAUUGGAAGUUUUAGAUCAAUCAAUUGAAAAAAUUUAUAACGAUUUCACAAAGAUCUCUUAUUCUUUAAAUUAUCCAUUAUAUCAAGACAUAUCAUCAGCAUCAAUUCAUGCGUUAGAAAACAAUAACAACAAGUUUUUUUCCCCGUACUUGAAAUUAGAUGAAAAAACUAUAGUAAAAAUUCAGCCAUUUGACUCAUUAAUCCAUAUCGAAGCUAUAAAAGAAGAAUCUGCAUUAUUAUUCAUAUCAUUCAUAUCACAUUCACUAAGGAACAUCGUCUCCAUAUCGACAAAACAAAAAUGCUUACAAUUAUUAACUACAUUUGCACAAUUCGUCUCCGAUGAAAAUAAGAUUGAUAGGAUCGUCCCCUAUAUCGUAUCGUGCUUCCAGAAUGAUAUGGCUAAUCCCGAUAUUCAAAUAUUAACCAUCCAGAAUCUUAUUCAAGUUUUAUACCCAGUGGAAAGAUUAAAUCAACUGAAUGAAAAUGUCUUUGUGGAUUACUUAUUACCACGCCUUAAAAAUUUACUAUCAAAAUGUAAAGAUAAUUCUUACGUUAAGAUGGUUUUCGCUAAUUGUUUUGGUGAUUUAGUUAGUAUAGCUAAUAAAUUUCAAGAUAUAACAUUUUUAAAUCAUAAUAUUAAUGCACAACAACAGCAACAACAACGUGAUAACGCCAAAACUUCAAAUUCUAAAGAUGGGAUUACUAUGGUAGGCCCUCUACAUUCAAUAACAGAAGAAUUCGAAGAUAUAGAAUCUUCAAAUAAUUAUAGAUAUAAACUAAUAAAUUACAUCGAAGAUAUGACUAUCACCUUAUUGACAGAUUCAGACACCAUAGUUAAAAUGGCUUUAUUGAAUAAUAUCUUACCUCUUUGUAGGUUUUUUGGAAGAGAAAGAACAAAUGAUAUCAUCUUGAGCCACUUAAUAACUUAUUUAAAUGAUAAAAAUUCCGCUUUAAGAUUAACUUUAAUUGAAAAUCUCCCUGGUAUGAUUAUCUUAUUGGGGCCAUUGACAUUUGAAUCGUUUAUUUUACCUUUAUUGAUACAAACAUUAAUCGAUUCUGAAGAAUUAAUCGUCGUAUCAGUGUUACAUACUUUGAAAAAUUUGUUACAACUUGGAUUUAUUAAUAAAAAAUUCUUCUAUGAUACAACAUUAAAUGUAUCCCCAUUAUUAUUACAUCCAAAUCAUUGGAUUCGUGAGUUUACAUUAGGAAUAAUUUCAGAAAUUUGUGCAAAUUUAUCAAAUGCUGAAAUUUAUUGUUUAAUUUAUCCUACAAUUGGUCCCUUUUUCGAAUUUGAUCUAGAAUUCACAUUCGAGUUGAUGGUAGGGAGUUGUAAACAACCAAUCACCAGAACAAUGUAUAAUCUUCUAUACAGUUGGUCAUUAAGAGCUUCCAAAUCAUUGUUUUGGAAUCAAAUACCUUCCACUCAGGUAGAUUCCUUUGGGAAUAAAAAAUUCAAAUUUAUCACUAGGGAUUUUACUUCUAAAAAUUAUGGGUUUAAUAAUAUCAAUAAACGGAAAUUGAAAAUAUCAAAUUCUAAGAUUAAAUUAUUUGAUAAUAAUGAAAUACCAUUAACUACUGAAGAUAAAAACUGGAUUGAUAAAUUUAAAACUAUUGGUUUGAAAGAAGACGAAUUAUGGAAAUUAGCAAUCUUACGACCAUACGUAAUAAAAAUCUCUAAAUCAAUUAGCACUGCUAUUCCAGAUUGUUCUUUCAAUAAGACAGAUGAACCAAACAUAAAUCUACAGAUUAAUAGUCUACCUACAACUGUGAUGCCAAGAAAUGUAUUUUUCGAUAUUGAAUUUACUGGUGAAAGAGAAGAACUGCAACUCUCUUCAGGCGAUUCGAUAACUAACAUGACGACCACGACGAAUACUACUACUAACACUCCUAAUUCAUCAGCACCGUCCACAGCGGGUGCCAAUGCAACAACUAAUGGUGGUGUGAGAAAUCCACUAAUAUUGGACAGAGCAACUUCAUCAGCAGGGUCUAAAAAUAGUAUACCGACCAUAAUAAAUAAUCAUGGUUCACUCAUCUUAAAGACCCGAUCUGUUGCCACCACAACAAUACAAAAUUUGAAGAAUAUAUAUGUUCAAUUAGAACCGAAUUCAACGCAUAUGGAAGCAAAUACAUCACAUCACGUAGAUAGUAAUAAACCGAAAUUUCUUAUAAAGAAUAGUUAUGAAGGUGACAUUGCUACAAUUAAUGCCUAUCUAGAGAACUUUAAGAUAUUGCCAUCAUUAAGAAAAUACAAAGAGUUUGGACCAACCAAUGAGUUUUCUGCAACGACCAGUCCCAUUAACGGGAAAUUGGUUACAAACUUGAUGGAAAAUGAACCUAAUUCCAUCACCGGUUUAGUCACUGUAAAUAUCAACUCAAGGCCAUAUUUGAUUAGUAGCUCUACUCAAGGUUUGUUGAAAUUAUGGAAUAUACAAAGCAUUGCAUCUGGUGAGAUGUACUCUUCUUGUUUAACCCAUGAUUGUGAGUCAAUGAUUACUGACAUGGUUAAGAUAAAAGGGUAUGAAACAAUAGCAGUUUCCACGAGAGACGGGCAAGUAAUAUUGUUAAGAGCAAUCUAUCAGCAACAAGGUCAAAUGAGACGAUUUACUAGAUUCCAUAGUUUGAGAAAAAUUAGUAUUUUAGAACAACGUGAAGAGAGUCGAAACUCAGAAUUUGUGUUGAAAAUAAGGACAGUAAAUACAGACGACGUUUCUUAUAUUUUUAUGUUAACUAAUUUGUCAAAUAUUUUGAUAUAUGACAUUCGAACUAUGGAAUUAACUAAUACAUUGAAAAAUCCAGUAGAACAUGGUGCUGUAUUGUCGUUCACUGUAAAUGAAGACGCUACUUCUUUAAUUUGUGGAACAAGUAAAGGUAUACUUGAUAUUUGGGAUCUAAGAUUCUCUGUUCUUCUGAAAAGUUGGACCUUUGGUAAUAACACUCCUAUAACACAUAUAGAAUUAUGCCCUGAUCCGCACACUAACACAGUAAUAGUUGUUGGUGGCACAUCGGAAAGUAUGUUUACAAUUUGGGACUAUUCGACCAUUCAUUGUGUUAAAGCAUUUCUCAAUUCUGAUACGCAGCCGUCACUCGAACAUUUCCAAGCGACAGAGAAAUAUUUAGAAGAUAUAACAUUCAAACCUAAUGCUUCAAUAUCUCAAGUUACUGCCUUGUGUGUUAAUGAACAACAAGUCAUCCUUGUCACAACUGUACCGAAUGAAGUAUUUAUCUUUGAUUUAGCAGCUCCUAUGAACUCUGAAGUUUUAUCGAGUAUGACGAACAGCAUGAAAGACAACAAUCAUUAUUUUACAACCAUCAAAGCUACUACCACCUUGGAAUUGGUGUUACGGAAAAAGAGAAAUGUUAAUGAAAUGAAUCUCAAGACACAUGCUAAGUUGAACUUCUUACAACAAGAUUCAAUUAUAAAAAUUGCGUGCACGAAUUCUAAUGGUAAGAGUUUAUUAUUGUUAGGCAAUAACUCCGGCAUUAUCAUUAUUCUGCGAUAA